AUGUAUUUAAAAAAUUUAUAAAAAGAGUAGUUUAUACCGAUUGUAAUUAAACAACCAUUUUAUUAUUUUGAAUAUAAAAAUUCUUAAUUUCAUCUAAUUAAAACAAAUGCUCACUAGUAAAAUAGUGACUAAGUGGAACUUUUGCUUGACUAUUGUUAAGGAUGCUAUUUAAGAUAAAUGCUCAGAAAUUGUAAAAUAAAUGGUUAGACUUUGGAAUCAUUUAUUAUUGGCAGAAUUAAAUAAAGAAAUGCUCAAGAGUAUUCUGAAUAAGAAUUAGAGGUUCAAACUAAUCAUAAUAAUAAAUAAGUAAUAUCAUACUCAGAAUUAUUCUCUGAUAAAACAUAAUUCUUAAUUGUUUUUAAUUAAAAUGUUACAGAAUUGAAUUAAUAUUUACAAAUCAUGGAUUAUUAUAACAAAUUCUAAAAAUUUGUUAUUAAUCAUAUUAGUAACACUUACAAAAUUCUUAAAUUGCCUAAAAAAAAAAUAAUCAGAAAUUUAAUCAGGCUCAAUUUAAAUUGCACAUCUAAUUUCAUAUUUAAAACAUAAACUAUAAAUUCAUUUGAUAUAAUCAAAGUUUUAAAAGUACUAAGAAAUAUUGUUCAUUAAAAUGUCUAGAUUGACGCAGAUGAAAUAGAAUUAGUUUUACAUACAUACAAAAUUUUGUUUAUAAUAGCCUUCUACCAUAUUUUUGAAAUUUUUAAUUAGUUGGAUUUGAAAACUGACAAAAAACUCAAGCUAGCCAUGUUAUCAAGUCUAGAUAUUAAUUAUUUAUAGAUUUCUAUCCAAUUUAGUCAACCAACUGAUUUUAUAUAAAAAUGGAAUGAAAAUAAAGUUUUGAAAAAAAUGGAAAUUUAUUUGUUCUUUGAAAUCGUUCAAGAAGAUAUAUUUAUUCUAACUAUUAGAGAUUUAGGAGUAAGUGUGCCAUAUUAAAAACCAUUUUAAAGAAAAAACAAUUUGAUUUACGGGAAAUUUGAUGUUGAAUAACGCCUCAAACAAUGA